UCUCCUCCCUUGAGAUUUUCAAAUCUACUGCAGUAGAGACUCUCUUCAGAAGCACUUAAAGGACCUGAGUGUCGCGAUACAGCAUUUCUUAAACCAAUGCUUGAACAGUCAAAGAGCUAUUUUUGCUUUCUAAAUGAGAUGCACAAUAACCAACUGCAAACCUUAUCUGAAAUUUGGCUGUCAAUAAUGUAGGACAUACUAGAAAGGAGAGCAAUCCAAGCUCUUCCUAUUUGAAACUGCAGUGUUUUGACUGAUUCCAAGAUUUUCCAAGCCACUGAACUAUUGGAUUGAACCAUUUAAAUUUUUUUUAGUGGUUCAAUCCAAUCCAAGACCCCAUGCUUUUCCAUUUGAAGAAAUGCAUUGCCAUAAAGAAGAAUUGGAUAUAAAGGAUUCAUUUCUUGGAGGCAAUAAUACUAUGUAUCGUCUCUAGAUCUGCUGUGUAAGACCCCUAAAGCUGUUAUUUAGAAGAUUACUCACCAUUCUACUCAAGAGAUAAAACAACUUCAAAAGCUACUGUGGAUUAAAACAGUAAGUAAAGCUAAUAAUUUUUGGCCUUCUGGUAUUGCCUGAGAUCUCAAGUGAUUAGUCCUGUUUCUUUUUGGGUUCCUUUCAUGAACAGGGAAAAAAGUAAAACCUCUCGAACACAGCAACAUCAGAAGAAACGUUUAGUACCAUUGAUGCACAGUUCAACCCACUGGAUUUGCUGUUGACAUUUAAUGGGGCAAUUGUAUAUCUCCUUAACUUGUUAAAGGCACUGUCUGCAGCCAUAAACUUUUUUUUAUUUUAAUUUUUUUAUUGAGCAAAGAUUUAAAGAGCAAAUGACUUUGGGCUAAAAACUGUUUUGGCAUAGAAGCGUUCUAAAGUUAAAGAAUGGCUGCUGAUCAACCGGCAUCUUUUUUAGAACGUAUUCCAUACCCAAGAUCCAUCACAGUCAGUUUACCAAUGGACCACCCUGGGGCACCAUUGGCAGAGACAUUUAGGGUGCCAUUUCAUUUUGAACCAUCCUACCUCGAGCAGGCUUUCAGUCACGGAUACUCGAGGACACUUUCAUACAUGCCAUUGACUGGUCAUCUUGGGGUCUACGACUAUUCAUUCGAACCGGCUUUCAUCCGGAAACGCAACGAAAGAGAAAGGCAAAGGGUUCGGUGUGUCAACGAGGGCUACUCGCGUCUUCGGGAGCAUCUGCCACAGGAGUUCGAGGACAAACGACUUAGCAAAGUCGAGACCCUGAGAGCGGCGAUUAACUACAUCAAACAUCUCCAAGGCUUGUUGGAUCUUCAUGCAUCAGGUUCAUCGUCAAGUAAAGAAAAAGAGAUUUCCAGUUCUUCAAGUCCCUCGCAGAGAACAGAGUUCAACAGCGACGGGGAAUCUAAGACUUCUGCAACCUCCUCACCCUACAGCGAUUCAGGCGACAUGAGUAGAUAAAGAAGCAUGGAGUCCUUUAAUGAAAUACAUAGAUUUUGAGAAACUUGACCAGAAGCACCAAUUUAAUUGAACCAAAUACCAAAGCUUCUAGACAAAUUGUGUGGCAAGUAAGAGCUAUGCAGAUAUUAAUGGCAAACACAAUAACAAAUGCUGUGUAAUUGAAAUAAAAAUACACAAAAAAGCAUCAAGAGAAAUUAAAUAUACAAUUAUUAGUUUGUUGACAUAGAAAGUUGCCGUUGGAAAUGUUACACGAACACCUGUAGUAAUACCAAGAUACACAAUUCUUAUUUUAUUUUAAUUUUCCAAGAUAAUCAAUUUUUUUUUCAAAUUUUGUCUUAGUAACCUAACUUUGGUUCA